ACAAGCUGCAAACCAGAGAGGGCACCGACCUAGCUGACCUCAGAUCAGACGCAAACCACCACCCCUCUCAAUCAACACACAACACCACGAGACAACACCGACCAGAUCACAGAAGGAAACGCUUGUUAGGGAGAAAUCCGAGGUGAAGGACUGCAGAGAAAGAGAGAGAGAGAGAGAGAGAGAGAGAGAGAGAGAGAGAGAGAGAGAGAGAGAGGUCAGGGUGAAGACAUUUGGAGGCUCAUCACAUCAGCUUGGGUUACUGCGGCGUGCCCCAGCGAGGACGGCCGAGAGGAAACAAAUUAGUGCCGGCACUAAAGAAGACGCCAAACAGGACGUGUCAACAAGACCCGGAGGAGGAGGAGAGGAAGAGAAAAGAGCAAAACGAGAGGAAGAAGAGAGGGAUAAGAGAGGGAGAAGAGGAAGGAAGGAGGACAAAGUCAACAUCUCAUCUCAAGACACGCCUGAAGAAGCAGCUGCCCCGGAAUUCACUCUCUGACUCUGACUCUUGACCAGGUCUGUUGUCCAGUUCCUCACACUCUGUCCAGCAUGUUGUCUGUGGCCACUCUGUUGUGUGUCUCCUGCCUGCUCCUGGGGGCCAGGGGGCAGGACCGAACGGCCAUGUGGAGGGGGAAUGACCGCAGCGGCCGCUGCCAGUACACCUUCACCGUCAACAGCCCCACGGAGGCCAGCUGUCCCACCCAAGCUGGAGGUCCCGAGAUGGACGCUCUCAAAUCCAGGCUGAGCCUGCUGGAGGUCAUGGUGACCCGACUGGCCGGCGGAGAGGCGUCGGGGGCCGUGGGCACCGCUGCAGGUGGACCUGGGGCCGGCGUCGUCCAGCAGCAGCAGCAGCAGCAGCAGCAGAAGCUUCAGGAGGCGUACAGCCAGGCCAUGGGGGAGAAAGCCCAGCUCCGCAGGGAGAAGGACAACCUGGACAGGCAGGUGCAGGACCUCCAGAGGAGGCUGGAGGAGUCGCGGCAGGAGGCUGAGAGGCUGAGGAGCCAACCCUGCGUCCAGACGCCGCCGGCGGCCAGCGCUCCGCAGCAGGACAGCGGCCUCCGACCCGCAGGAGGUCCAAGUGUGCUCUCGCGUCUUGUGCCCAGCGGGCAGACUGGCAGUCUAAGAGACCCAUCCUGGCAUUAUGGAUCCCCGGGGUAUCAAGAGCUCAAGGCAGAGGUGACCGAGGUACCUGUACCAACACCUGCAUACAUCGAGGUUGGCACAGGUUGUGGUGAGCUGGUGGCCAUCGGGGAGCCUGUGACCCACCGCAAGGCCGACACCAUCGCCGGCAAAUACGGCGUGUGGAUGCAGGACCCCGAGGCGGUGGCACCGUACGGCGCGGGCGUGGUGUGGCGCAUCGACACAGUGGGCUCGGAGGUGCGGCAGCUCUUUGGCUACGAGGACACGGACCAGUUGGCGCGCGGCUACCCCACCAAGGUUCUGCUGCUGCCCGAGGCCGUAGAGAGCACUGGCGCCACCAUGUACCGCGGCUCACUCUACUACCAGCGCCGGCGCAGCCGCACUCUGCUGCGCUACGACCUGUCGUCGGAGAGCAUCGCCGCCCGCCGCGACCUGCCGCACGCCGGCUUCCACGGGCAGUUCCCCUACUCGUGGGGCGGCUACACCGACAUCGACCUGGCCGUGGACGAGCAGGGCCUCUGGGCCAUCUACAGCACCAACAAGGCCAAGGGGGCCAUCGUCAUCGCCAAGCUGGACCCACACAGCCUGGAGGUGCUCAAGACCUGGGAGACCAACAUCCGCAAGGUCACGGCGGCCAACGCCUUCAUGAUAUGUGGCCGACUGUACACAGUGGCCAGUUACACGGCGGCGGAGACCACCAUCAACUACACCUUCGACACGGCCACCAGCCAAGGCAAGGCUCUGUCGGUGCCGCUAAAGAACAAGUACCGCUACAACAGCAUGAUAGACUACAACCCGGUGCAAAGGAAGCUGUUUGCCUGGGACAACUACCACAUUGUUUCCUACGACGUCCGACUGGGCAGGCAGAGGGCAUGAAUCUCCCUAGAUGACAGGUCACACAUCCACAACAGUGAUACAUUAGUACAGUAGUGUGCAGCAGGCAUAGUGUACAGCAAUACGCCCUGAAAAAGCAAACCAUACACAAAAAGUCACACAUCAUUACAGACCAAGUAUGU